UAAACUCUGUGCCUGGGCUUGGUGGGGGAUGUGGAGAGUGGAAACACUGCCAGCCCCCAAAGCAAGAGUGCCUGACAGGCAAACGGCCUCAAGACUGCCCCUUUCCAAGGAGACUGGCCACCCCCAGAGUCCCCCAGGCUAGCGAAUUGGGAGCCUCUCUACUGUUCACCAUUACUGCGAAAAGCAGCAUCGGCUUCCGCGUCCGGCCAGCCUGCAGAGACUCGAGCCUUUGUGGCCGCUGGCACAGGAGGCUUUGGGGAGUUGUUUCUCCCAUCCCAAGACUUGGAACCCCAAGAAAGGCCCCAAGAGAUGGAGUCAAAUCUUGUCAUUGAACAGGGGUCUGGCGUGCGGCAGAAAGUCCUUCAAGACUGCAUGGCAAAUCAGUGCUGGGCCUGGGACCCAGACUCAGCCUUCUUGAUCUGGGAAUCUCUCCUUGCACCUUAGGGGUUCCCUUUUCUGUGGGAAGACCACUGGCCCAGGGCAGACUGGGCAGAGGCCUAUUCCUGAGCCUUGAAGAGACAUCCAGAAAUAGAUGGGGGAGUGUCACAUUUCUGAGCAGCUGUGUGGGGGAGGUACAGUAUAAAGGAGGAACCUGACCUCCCCCUCCCCUGGUGGCCAUCACAGGAGCCCAACACCAGCUUUCCUGCCCUGGAGAAGGCCUAGAUAAGGAAACUGAGACCCCAAAAGAGACAGUAACUUACCCAAGGUCACCUCCAACAUGCAGACUCCUGUUGCGAUGUCUCUGCUGCUUGUGUCCAUGGGCCUCACGGAAGCACUUCAGGCCCAGAGCCACCCUAUCGCACGACGAGAACUCUUCUCUCAAGAAAGGCCCCUGGACAUGGCCCCAACCUCCUUUGAUGACCAAUACGCUGGCUGUGCAGCAGCCAUGACCGCUGCUCUCCCAGAGCUCAACCGCACGGAGUUCCAGGCCAACAAAGUGUACGCCGAUGGCUGGGUGCUGGGAAGCAGCCGAUGGCAGGAGCGCCAAGCCUGGGGACCACCCCCACCCCCCCCACCCCCCGGCUUCCGUGAUGAGCAUGGGGUGGCCCUCCUGGCCUACACAAUCAACAGCCCCCUGUUCAAGGAGUUCAAUGUGGCCCUGCGAGAGGCGGGCCGCACCCGAGCCCACUACCUCCAACACUUCUCCUUCAAGACGUUCCAUUUCCUGCUGACGGAGGCUCUGCAGCUGCUGGGCAAGGCCCAGCGCUCCCCCCGGUGCCACCAGGUGUUUCGAGGGGUGCAAGGCCUGCACUUCCGGCCAGCAGGGCCUGGGGCCACUGUCCGGCUGGGGGGCUUUGCCUCGGCAUCUCUGCAGAAUGCCACUGCCCAGAAUUUUGGUAAGGAAACUUUCUUUGGCAUCUGGACCUGUCUUGGGGUCCCUAUCAGGGGAUACUCCUUCUUCCCUGAGGAAGAGGAGGUGCUGAUCCCUCCUUUUGAGACCUUCCAGGUGAUCAACACCAGCAGACCGACCCAGGGCCCCACCCGCAUCUACCUCCGGUCCCUGGGUGAGCACAGCACGUACAACUGCGAGUACAUCAAAGACAAGCAGUGCAAAUCCAGGCCCUGCCGUCUGGAAAACUCAGCCAUGGGCCAGGCCCCCCUUUCUACAGUCUGGUCCCUUGCACUGCUGCUGUGGCUCCUUGUCGGGGGAGCCUUCCCAGAGAGCCCAGGCCUCCCCUGACCCGUCAGACUCUGAACAGCCUUGCCUGCCGCC